AUGAGUAAAUACCAAGGUUCAAAUUGCCAUGAACAUUCCGUUGAAUGCGAAUCCUGCAUCGUGCGAACUCAGUGUGAAUUCGAUGAGAAACCAUUUGUGAGGUUCGGCAGCGCCGAGAGCUACCCGCCGGUGAGAAAGGAGACAAUCGAUAACAAGACGAUGACACUAAAUUGCUAUUAUAGGACUUCUAGACCGGGCGAUCCAAACCAUGCAGCUCUGAACGUCAAGGUCACCGAUACUCACGGUCGCUUACUCCCAAGGGGUAUAGUCCUGACAUUGUAA